CUGAGAGAUAUCUUCGCGCAGUUUGACAGAGAUCAGAGCGGGAACAUCACGCACGACGAGCUGAAACACGUCGUGAAGAACCUGGACGGGACGGGUUUCAUCUCGCCUUCCGAGCUGCGAUACCUCCGAGAAAACAUCGACGACAUCAUCGCGGACAUCGACAAGGACGGGGACGGGGAGAUCAACUACGGAGAGUUUGUCGACAUGAUGAUUCACCUGAAGGAGCAGUUCAAGCAGCAGGACAUGCGCGAGCUCUUCAGGACCUUCGACAAGGAUAACAGCGGGAGCAUCACCGCGGCGGAGCUGCGCAAGGCGGUGAGUCAGCUCGACGGGAUCGGGUUGAUGUCCGUCAUGGAGCAGAGGGAGAUGAUGGAGAACCUAGACGCGAUGAUCAACGAGGCGGACACGGACGGGGACGGGACCGUGGAUUACGAGGAGUUUGUCGCGAUGAUG